AUGAAUUUGAAAUUCCCAAAUGUCGUCCAUGAUGUAGCAAGAAAGAUACGUUCGUCAAAAACGAUAAGCACCGGGUUGUCGAAUCCUAUUUGCAUAAAGAAGCCAUUUUGUGAGAUGAACAGCGCCAAGCAUGUACGGCACUCACUGAAGAAGAAGCCUUGGGGCGCAAAAGGCUGCGUAUCACUGGAUACUUCGUGUGAUUUUGAAAUUGUUGAAAUGACGCAUAAAUGCAAGAAA